CGAAGCAUCCGUCGCGCACCACGCAUUGCAUAGAGAUCAUAGCAACGCGAUAGUGCGCGAAUCUCGUACACUCGCGAACACUGAUAAGUGUGUGCGAAUGUGUUCGUGCCGCGUCACAAUUCCACAUGACAGAUUGGCGCUGAACUAUCGGAUGUGACCGUGGCGAGACUAGGCGAAGGUGAUACUCCGGACAGCCGGAGCUGGAGACGAGGCCAUGUCCAUGGCGCCGUUACGACGUGUUUUCGUCUACGGUACCCUGAAGCGAGGCGAACCUAAUCAUCACUGGUUGACGAGUGUGGCCAACGGCGAAGCAAGCUUUGUCGGCCACGGCACCACGGUCGUCCGCUAUCCUCUCGUGAUCGGUUCUCGGUACAACAUUCCGUUCCUGCUGGACGUAGCGGGACAGGGACAUAAUGUAAGGGGCGAAAUCUACACCAUCGACGAUCGGAUGCUGUCGCGGCUGGACGUGCUAGAGGACUAUCCGCGGCUGUACGAACGGCGGCCGGAAGAGAUUCGCCAGGAUGUGGACGGUGUAGUAAUAACGUGCUGGAUCUAUCUUCUUCAACGUUUCCCCGAGCGGCUACUCAAAGGGGCGGAGCUGCUGGAGGAGUACCGCAACAGUGCCCACCGACCGUACACGGAAUCGGAUGAUGAUAACGUUUUUGCUGAGCACGAGAACGGAGCUGGAAAAGAUGACGUGUAGCCGUAGCAAGCGAGGGCGAGAAAGUGAAAGUAGAUCCACUAUAAAGCACAUCUCAAAGUCAAGGUCAAGUGCAGCACGAAGGCCCAGGACGAAAAUAACAGAACGCUGCACGGCGUGUGAGUGUGGUAGUGUGUUGAUUUGUAAACAAAUAGAUCAUACUCGAGAAGGUUAUUCUUUAUAGGGAAAGUGAGUCGAGACUCAGGACGUUUGAAAAAAAAUACAGUGGUCACUAAUAGAUUGCGUUAUUGUUUCUAGAA